AUGGGUGGAAUGGGUUUUCGUGACUUGAGGUAUUUUAACCAAGCACUCCUCGCAAAACAAUGUUUCCGGCUUAGCAUGGAAACUAGGUCCUUGUUGAGUUGUGUUUUAAAGGCGCGGUACUAUAAACACUCGAAUCUGGUAGAGACAAGAAGGGGUUAUGACCCAAGCUACACUUGGAGAAGCAUGUGGGGGGAAAAAUCUCUAUUACUUGAAGGGUUAAAGUGGCGUGUGGGGAAUGGCUUAUCAAUCAAAGUAUGGUAUGAGGCCUGGAUGCCCGGGAAUGGAACUCACUUUAUUCCAACACCAAGAGUGGACAGUGAUAUGGCAUUGCGAGUGUCAGACUUAAUUGACUAUGAAAAUCAGUGCUGGAAUGGCAGUAUGAUCAAGGAGGUAUUUGUGGAGGAGGAGUAG